CGACCCCCUGGUAUAGAGACGUCAAAUGUCAAAUUUUUAAACUUUUGUUAAAAGUGCGCCAAACCUCGCCAAACUGAAAAUAUCUUUAACCUAAUUUUUUAAUUCCGAAAUAUCACAAAAAAUAAUAAAAAUAAUGAAUACAUUUUUAUUAAUUUGUGAAAAAAGUAACGAUACAUUACUUUACGAUGAUUUUCAAACAUAUUUUAAUUCCAAAUUCGAAAGUUCAAGUGAUUUAAACAUUUAUAUUGGACCUAAUAUUUUUCACAAAGAAGCUGUUAUCGAAGAAAUUGAACUAAUUAUAGGACACAUACAAAGAGAAUGGUUUUUGUUUCAAAGUAUUGCAUUGUAUGAUAAUAUUAUAUCAUAUGAGGAAAUUAUAUAUGCUAGAGAAUUAAUAAACAAAUAUUUUCGAGCUAUUAAAGAAUCAUUGCAGAUAUUCGACUGUUCUCUACGGCGAGAGAGAUACAAGAAAAAAGUAGCCGAGAAAUUAAAAUGCCUUUUUAAUACUGUAAUUCCAAUAAAUAGUAUGAGAGAUGAUUUUAUUAUAAAGUUGUCUUCAUGGAAAAAUAAUGAUGUUAGAAAUCCAGUGUAUCAAUAUUUUCAUACAUACCUUGAAAUGGAAUAUUAUUUGUUGUUCUUGACUUAUAUUUGUGAAGGAAAUAAAUGUACUAUAGAGGAAGCUAUUGAAAAAUUAGUUACUAAUUUAAUUCAAUUCAGUAAAAUGAAUUAUCAGAGGCAAACUAGACAAGUAUUUGUUUGUAGCUGUAUCAAAAAUAUCUGGUUGCUCGUUCAACUUUUUUAUGAAAAAACAAAAACAGAUUCCUAUUGUUUUUGGAAUCUAUUUAAUAAAAAAUUAGAAAAUGAAGAUCCUAUGUUUUGUUUGUGGUUAUUAACAGAAAUUGCAGCAUUACAAUUAAUAGAUCAAAAUUUUCAACAUAUAGGAAAUAGUUGUUCUAGAAUUACACCAAAUUAUGAUUUAUUACAUAAUAAGUUGAAAUCUAUUCUUGUAAAUGCUAAUUCAGAUACAUUAUUAAAACUUUUUGAAAUCAUAAACAAUUUAUUGACUGAUUAUUGGAUAAAGAAUGCCAAAAUAGAAGUGUAUCAAACUAUAUGGGAUUUUUAUAGUAAAAGGCUCAAUGUGUCAAAGAAAAAAUACUCCUGUUUUAGUACCUUGGACUUUAAUAACUCUCUAAGUCACAUAAUUUCAUCUCCAGAUGAUUGUAAUGAAGAUUUUGAAAAAUUCAUUGGUAUCCUAAUAAGUCAUUUGAAGGAGUAUCCCAGUCAUUGGGGCAAAAUGAAGGGAAGAAUUUACUCCCAAUUGGGGCCACAAAAGCUAAAAGAUUUAAAUGAAGUUGGAAUUGUACAUGUAAUAUUCCUAUUUUCCAGUUUAAGCACAUUAAACUAUGAAGAACUGGUUAAAAAAAUUAUUUCGUUUUUUGAUGGACUUCCUCAAGAAAAAAAACAGGAUUCUAUAUCAUGGAAUUUACUCAUUUCAUUUAUUUUCAUGCAAGUAAAACGGGGCCUAACAGUGGAGAAAACUGCUUCCAUAUUACUAUCAUGGAUUAAAGAAGCUUCACUGGAUUACAAGAACUUUCAUUUAAUAAAAUCUUUUAUAAUAAAUUUUGAACACAUUUUAAAUUUCAGCUUAAACAUGCAGUUGCAUCAAUGGAUAUUUCUUGAUGCUUGGUUAGUGAAAUAUUUAUCAUCUUGUUAUUACCCUGAUAUGACUGCUGCUUUUGAUAUUUUGUUAAUUACUUUAGAAAAAGUCAAAAAUCCGGAUUCUUGGUCACUUUGGUCUCAGAGUUUUCGAAACUACGUUUAUCCUGCCUUAAAACAAGUUAUUCAUACUCACAAUGCACCUGGGUCUAUAGGAAAAAUUGCUGGAAAAAUGUGUUUACUUAUACCGCAGUUAUAUACAGACAUUUUUAAUUACUUUACUGGUGAUAAUAUACCUCCAAAAAUAGGUCUGAACUUUUUAACUGUCGUUUUAACAGAUUUUCCAAAUAGUUGUAUUUUAAAUUCCCAACAAGAAAUUGCGGUAGUUCAAAUGUGGAUCAAAAUUUGUCUUUUAAUAACAGAACCUUGUGGUGCCCUGACAGAAAUUGUUACAAAACUAGAUUAUUUUCCUUUAAAACUUAAAUCACAUGUAAAUACAUCACAGGAUCCCAUCACAGCUCUUGUAGAAUACUUAGGUAGUGACUUAAAGUCUCACAGACAAUCUAAUAAUAUAAACAAACUUUGUGAAGUAUCAUUCGGAAGAAUUGAUAAAUGGUUAAAUCAAUGUUUAACGCAUCCAGAUAAUGAACAAGUUGUUUUAAGAAUAUACACUUGCGUUUCCCUAGCUUUUCUACAUUGCGGUCCUCUUCUUUACAACAGAAACAGUUGCUCUAGCGUUUUAACGAAACUUAUCGAAUGUUUGUUACUGCCAUCUGAAGUCCUAUUGGGGAAAACUCCACACGAAUACGUCCUGAAUUCCGUUAAAAAAACCUGGAAUUUAUUUUAUGAGGGGUUGGUAUUAUUAAAGGACGAUACAGAUAUGUUUUUGGAAAGAACUUUGAGGGACCUGAUUACUAAAUACAUGAAUCAUUUUUCUACCAGUGAUUCCCCUGUUUUAAAAAGUCUUCAAAAUGAAGUUACCGCUGAAGUUGUAUUAGAAAAAAUUUCAAAUUCUUAUUUUAAACAUCCCGUAAAAGAAUCCGAUGGUAAUUUAAUAAAAGUUAUUAAAAUCUUGUGUGAUACAGUGCAAAGUACAACGUCAGUUGCUCUUCUAAGACUUGUUAUUACUAAAACUCUUUGUGGAUUGUUUGAAUUAGUGAUUUUUCACCCUCAGAGGAAUUUAGCUAUAAAUUUAAUAAAAGUAAUAUGUUUCUCUCCGUUGUAUCCACAGAUCAAGCAGGAAUUUUCGGGUUGUAUCAUAUCAACGACAGAAAGACAUUUGGGUUUCAAUGCCACCAAUUAUUUCCAGUUGAUGUAUAUUUUGGCUAAAUUUGUGCCUAGCGAUGUGAGAAAUUUAAUUGAAACGAUUUCUCGGCAAGUUGCUACCGUUGAACAACUCAAAGGUGUUGGGUAUGAUGUAAAUCUGAGAUAUCAAUUAGAUAAACUAGAAAAUAUUGUUAAAGUAACGUAAUAUUAAUUUGUAAAUACUAUAAACAUGUAAAUACAUAUAUUUUAAU